GGACCACACAAAUGGUAUGGCUGGAUAAACAGCCUUAAAUUUAAGAUGGCCAAUUAUCGCACAAAGUUUCGAAAAGCUGGAUGUGAGGAUGUAGCAAUCCUGGUUGAAAAUGGUUGAACGAUGGCCAGCACUCUUCACAGAGAGACAGGUGUUUGCUGAGUUUAAUAGAAUCGCCAGUAAGAAUCUUGAGGGAGACUUUUUUGAGGCUCUGGACCAGUACACGCCACGUUUCAUCAAACUCUUCAAAACAAAGAAGGGAACUGUUGGUCAGAAACUCAGGGAGCUGAUUCAGCACAUAAGCUGUAAGACACCAGACGUGACAGUACUUCACUCUGUUGUCCUCAAAGGCAUUCCCAUUUUACUCUGUGAUGAAUCCAGUGAAUUCUACAAGACCUGCUCUGAUACAACGAGAGACGAGGCCCUAGAAUGCAUCACUGUUGGUGUGCUGAAAGUUGUCAGUGAAGAUAGUCCUCAUGAGGGUCAAAGCUCAGUGGACCUCCAGCCCAUCUCCACUGCCAUCAUUCUGGAGGGAGGGCAGAACAUGGAUGUCAAUGCAGCAAACGCCGCUCCUCUCCAUACGCGCGUGGACGCAUGCGGGAAUUCAAUCAACCGACACAACUCCAUCACCGAAGUGCAGGGAUAUAUCCUCGCGUUCCACAUGGACAAGUUUAAUUUCAACAGCACCGACGCCGUUUUACUUUCCAUAUAUCAUCACAAACCACAUCUUUGA